GAAGUCGCUCAACGGAGAAACAGGAAGUCCCACCUCUUCCUCCCAAAGGGAAGACGGUGAGCCGGAGGAGUCAGUCAGAGGGGCGAGCAGGAGCGAUUCCGUCGGCAAACAGGUUAUGAGUGCCCAGUGAGCCUCGCGGGACAGGAGAGACACAUCAUCAGCACUUCAUUAAUGAUGGAUACUGAGAAUAAACCUGAGAAUGACGAGGAUGAAAAUGUAAAGAGAGAAGUACAAGACUUGAGAAGUAUUUCAUCCCACAGUGAAGAUUGUGGGCCUGUAUCUGAUGUGAUAGCAAAUUCCUCUGAAAACUCCACAAGCAAAAGAGGUUUUUCAGAAUCUUCAAACUUUGACAGUGUCGUUGUAGAGGAAGAGAGGAAUAAACAUGCUUCCAAACGAAUGAAAUUAGAUGAGGCAGCGCCCCUUAAAGCUAGAGAGCAGGGCUUUCAGGGAUUAGAAACUUCCGAGAGCUCAGUCACACACGUGGGCAUCCUGUUGGAUGAAGCCGUGAAGGAGGCCUUCCUGAAUGACUGUGGGGGUGGAGGCACAUGCCUCCCAAAUGCUCUUUCCCCGCCUCCCGAUUUUAGCACUGUUGAUGCUGUUUCUCUGAAAACAGACACUGAAACAAAGUCUGCUCAGGAAGUGGUUUCCCUUGAUCCAGAAAGAGAACCCCCUUUCCCCCUGAAAGAAAUUAGUGUUAGCUGCACCAUUGGAAAUGUAGAUACAGUUCUCAAGUGCAGCGUAUGUGGCCAUUUGUUUUAUUCUUGCUCUGAUUUGGAAAAACAUACUGAAUGUCACAUGCAACAGUCAAAGGAACAUAUCUGUUGCCACUGCAGCCACAAAGCAGAGAGCAGCUCAGCUCUGCACAUGCAUAUCAAACAAACACAUGGGCCACUCAAGGUCUUUUCUUGUGAUCUUUGUGGCUUUCAGUGUGUGGAAGAAAACCUGUUGAAUGCACAUUAUCUGGGCAAAACACAUCUCCGGCGUCAGAAUCUUGCUGCUCGUGGAGGAUUUGUACAGAUUUUAACCAAACAACCUUUUCCUAAAAAACCAUGUACCAUGGGAACAAAAAGUGUUCGUGCAAAACCAAGAACUUCUAAACCAAUAGCAAAGAAUAGUGAUCCAAAAGGAUUGCGAAAUGUUGGAAGCAAAUUUAAAGAUUUCAGAGGAAGCAUUUCUAAACAAAGUGGUAGUAGCAGUGAGCUGCUUGUUGAAAUGAUGCCAUCCAGAAAUACUUUGUCAGAAAAACCAGAGAUUGUUGAAGAAAAUGUUACUUCCUUUGGCAUAGCUCAAAAUCCUGAAAACCAGAGUAAAAAGCUAGGAGCCUUAGUGACCUCAGAGGGUCUCUCAGAUAAAUUGGAAUCUACCAAAAAUACCCUACAGACAGCACAUAGUAUCAGUACAACCUCGAGGCCAAGACCUGAGCGAAAUAUUCUAAUGUUGGGUAAUAGCUUUCGUAGACGAAGUAGCACUUUCACCUUGAAGGGUCAGGCAAAGAAAAGGCUUAAUCUUUUAGGAAUUAAUAAAAGAGGCACAAAUGAAACGCAGAGGAUGUAUCUGAAACACUUUAGAGCACAGAUGAAAACAAAUGAUGCAGGAUUGAUGCCUCCCCAUGUAGAAAUGAGCAGCAGUGUGCGGAGUCUGUGUGUGACUACCUCGGAAACUCAGAAACCGAAGCAAGACCAGGGAAACUCCCCUCUUCUGGGUUCCAUACAGCUGGAGGCCCUGACAGUGAAGCCAGCUUCUGACCCUCAGAUGUUAUAUACUUGCACAGACUGUGGGCAAGUAGCUACAAAUGGGACAGAUUUGGAAACUCACGUGAAAAGGUGCCAUGCCAGAGAGGUGAAAUUUUACUGUCAGACUUGUGACUUUUCCAGCAUGUCCAGAAGGGACUUUGAUGAACAUUUAUGCAAUAGCCAGCAUCAGCAAACUGCUUCUGUCCUUGGUUGUCAGUGUUGUUCAUUUGUUUCCUUGAAUGAAAUAAACCUUAGAGACCACAUGAAGGAAAAGCACAGUAUGGAUUUUCUUUGCACCCUUUGUAAUCUGUUCUUCUUGUCUGAAAAAGACAUGGAAGAACACAAAGCAACCGAGAAGCAUAUUAGUUCCUUGGUUCAACCAAAGACUUCUCAAUCAUUUAACAAUGAUUUGGUUUUACAGACUUUACCUUUAAGUACUUUAGAAUCAGAAAACACAACAGAUUCUAUGAAUGAGUCAGGAAAGGCAGCUCAGGAAGAACCUAUGAAGUCCAGGGUAAGCCAUGGAAAUGAAGUAAGGCAUUCAAGCAAGCCUCAGUUUCAGUGUAAGAAGUGUUUUUAUAAAACAAGAUCUUCCACUGUUCUUACAAGACAUAUAAAGCUUCGGCAUGGUCAAGACUAUCACUUUCUUUGUAAAGCAUGUAAUCUUUAUUCAUUGAGCAAAGAAGGAAUGGAGAAACACAUUAAAAGAAGCAAGCAUCUUGAAAAUGCUAAGAAAAAUAAUAUUGGCUUAAGCUUUGAAGAAUGUAUUGAAAGGGUAUGUAUAGGUGCAAAUGAUAAAAAGGAAGAGUUUAACGUUUCCGGAAAUGGAAGGAUUGAAGGCCAUGUAGGUGUGCAAUUGCAGGAGCAUUCCUAUCUGGAGAAAAAUAUAGUAAGUCCUAAGGAACUGUCACAGUCUGGUGUUAGCACCAAAGAUGAUGAAACUUUGACCACUGCUCCGAAGAGAGGGAGACCUAAAGGUAACAUCUCACGGACGUGUUCACACUGUGGUCUUUUAGCCUCUAGUAUUACAAACUUGACUGUUCACAUUAGACGAAAACACAGUCACCAAUACAGUUAUUUAUGUAAAGUGUGUAAGUAUUAUACUGUAACCAAGGGAGAUAUGGAGCGUCAUUGUGCCACCAAGAAACAUAAAGGACGAGUAGAAAUAGAAGCAAGUGGAAAACAAAGUUCAGAUAUCAUUGUUGGCCCUGAAGGGGGUAACCUUGAAGCUGGUAAAAAGACCACCAGUUUAGCAGUGACCGUUUCGGAUGAACACGCUAACAAGCCGGCUGAGUCAGAUACCUCCAUUUUGCAAAAGCCAGUGGUAGCUAAUGGAAAUUCAAUUGCAGUCGAAGUUGAAAAUGUAUUUCAUUCUGUAGAUGGGGAAGUUAACAGUCAUCUUACGGAUAAAAAGGAACAAAUGUCUACAGAGUCAGAGGAACUUCGCCAGCAAGGGGAUGCAUGUUCCCAGAGAGAUGCUGCAGGAGCAGGUGAUAAUAAAUGUAUACACUGUCAGUUUAAUGCUCAUUCUUCCGCUUCUCUAGAGCUGCAUGUAAAACGGAAACAUACAAAAGAGUUUGAGUUUUAUUGCAUGGCAUGUGAUUACUAUGCAGUGACUCGUCGAGAGAUGACCAGGCACGCAGCCACAGAGAAACACAAAAUGAAAAGGCAGUCUUAUCUCAACUCUUCUAAUGUAGAAGCAGGUUCUGCAGAAAUGUCCAAAAACAUCGUUAUCCCUGAAGAGGAGCAUCAACAAAAUUCUGGGGAAUUUCAAAUAAUUUCUGACCAACCAUCUGAUACUUUUAAAUCUAGAACUGCUGCUGAUUGUUCGAUUUUAGAUGAGAGUACUAAUUUAGAUAUGUCUAAAGUACUCUGUGCUCCUGACUCUGUAGAAAUUGAGACUGAGGAAGAAUCUAAUUUCAGUGAAGACCAUUCCUUUUGUGAGACUUUCCAGCAGCCCCUGGUCAAGGGUAAAGUUAUGAAACCUGAAGAGAUGGUAUCCCUUAAUAUUUCCUCUAAUUAUGGCUCCCCAAGCAGAUUUCAGAAUGAAAAUUCAGGAAGCUCAACUUUGACAGCAAAGAAAAACCAUGAGAUGUUGAAUGACGUAGGUGACCCAGAUAUCCCCUGUGAGAGCGAUGGAGGAAGCACAGCGGGUGGUGGAGGAAAAGUCCUUCACAAACACCUGUGUCCCCGAGUCCCAGAUGGGGCGCACCCAGCUGACAGCACUACCCUUCCUGUGACAACACGGGAGCAGGGAAGGCUGGAGAGUGGGAGUCAAGACGAAGCUGGAUGUGCACAUGGUUCGGAGGAUUUGAAAGGUGUUCAGGAAGAUCCUGGUCCACAGGACAAGGGCAUUCUGAUGAAUUCACAGCAUGAAGCGGAGAUUAUUUUGGAAGAGGAUAGCCCAGCUUCUGAUAGCACAGCUGAAAGUAAUGAUGUUUAUGAAACUAUAAUUAGUAUUGAUGACAAAGGGCAGGCCACGUACAGUUUUGGCCGGUUUGAUUCUUCCAUAAUAAGAAUAAAGAACCCUGAAGAUGGUGAAUUGAUAGACCAGUCUGAAGAGGGUCUGAUAGCAGCAGGAGUGAGAAUUAGUGAGUUGCCCUUAAAAGACUGUGCUCAAGGCAUGAAAAAGAAGAAAGCUGAAGGCAAUUCCUUUGGCGAAUCCACGAGAAUUCGCUGUGAUGAUUGUGGCUUCUUAGCAGAUGGACUGAGUGGACUGAAUGUUCACAUAGCCAUGAAGCAUCCUACAAAAGAGAAACACUUUCAUUGUUUACUAUGUGGAAAGUCAUUCUAUACAGAAAGCAACCUUCAUCAGCAUCUGGCUAGUGCUGGUCAUAUGAGAAAUGAACAGGCCAGUGUAGAAGAGCUUCCAGAAGGAGGGGCCACCUUUAAAUGUGUCAAGUGUACAGAGCCCUUUGAUUCAGAACAGAAUUUAUUUCUGCAUAUUAAAGGACAGCAUGAGGAAUUGCUACGGGAGGUGAAUAAGUAUAUAGUGGAAGACACUGAGCAAAUCAACCGCGAGAGGGAGGAAAACCAGGGAAACGUUUGCAAGUAUUGUGGGAAGAUGUGUCGAAGUAGCAACUCCAUGGCCUUCCUGGCACACAUUCGCACCCAUACAGGAUCAAAACCGUUCAAGUGCAAGAUAUGCCAUUUUGCAACAGCUCAGCUUGGAGAUGCCAGAAACCAUGUGAAAAGGCACCUUGGGAUGAGGGAAUACAAGUGUCAUGUCUGUGGGGUUGCUUUUGUAAUGAAGAAGCACUUAAAUACUCAUCUACUAGGCAAACAUGGAGUUGGCACCCCAAAAGAAAGGAAAUUUACAUGCCACUUAUGUGAUAGAAGUUUCACAGAGAAGUGGGCCCUGAACAACCACAUGAAGCUCCACACGGGAGAAAAGCCGUUUAAAUGUACCUGGCCCACGUGCCAUUACUCAUUCCUCACAGCCUCUGCCAUGAAAGACCACUACAGGACGCACACAGGCGAGAAGUCGUUUCUGUGUGACCUCUGCGGCUUUGCUGGCGGGACCCGGCACGCCCUCACCAAGCACCGCCGGCAGCACACAGGAGAAAAACCUUUCAAAUGUGAUGAGUGUAACUUUGCUUCUACAACGCAGUCCCAUCUGACGCGGCAUAAGCGUGUGCACACGGGAGAAAAGCCCUACCGGUGCCCCUGGUGUGACUACAGGUCAAACUGUGCUGAAAAUAUCCGCAAACACAUUUUACACACAGGCAAACAUGAAGGAGUCAAGAUGUACAACUGCCCCAAGUGUGACUAUGGCACCAAUGUCCCUGUGGAAUUCCGAAACCAUCUGAAAGAGCAGCAUCCUGAUAUCGAAAACCCUGACCUCGCGUAUUUGCAUGCUGGCAUCGUCUCCAAGUCCUACGAGUGCCGUCUGAAGGGACAAGGCGCCACCUUCGUGGAGACAGACAGCCCCUUCACCGCUGUGGCCCUGGCCGAAGAGUCCCCAGUCAGAGAGAAGCCCGUGCGGGGCGGCAGGAGGCAGGCGCCGGCCUCUGAGCAGGUGCAGCAGGUCAUCAUCAUCCAGGGCUACGACGGGGACUUCGCCCUGGACGCGUCCGUGGAGGAGACGGCGGCGGCCACGCUGCAGACGCUGGCCAUGGCCGGCCAGGUCGCCCGGGUCGUGCACAUCACCGAGGACGGGCAGGUCAUCACCACGAGUCCGAACGCAGCGCACGUGGGCAGCGUGGUGCCCGGGCCCAUCCUGCCCGAGCAGCUGGCGGACGGAACCACCCAGGUGGUCGUGGUGGGGGGCUCCGUGGAAGGCCAGGCCGCGGACGAGCCGCUCGGCCCGCGUAGCGCUGUGAUCCAGCAGGUGACCAAGCAGGAGAUUUCAAGCCUUUCAGAGGCCGGAGGGCCCCCCCCUGACACGUCCUCGGCCCUAGACGCCCUGCUCUGUGCCGUCACCGAGUUGGGGGAGGGGGAGGCCAGGCCCGGCCCCAGGGACGCGCUGGUCCCGCUGCCCAGCCAGGGGGACCCCGGCGCCGCCACGCCCGAGGCCCCGGAAGCCCAGGUGCUGGCGGGCGCCCGGGAGGGCCCGGCGGCCGUGGGCGUGCUGGCCGACGUGGCGCGGCCCUCGGCCGUGGUCGCCUGUCAGGAGCGCGCGCAGGUGGCCUUCAAGAAGGUGGUCCACGGAGUGCUCCAGUUUGCCGUGUGCGACGCGUCGGCGGCCGGGCAGCUGAUGAAGGACGGCAUCGCCCAGGUCAUCGUGAGCGAGGAGGGCGCCGUGCACAUGCUGGCCGGGGAGGGCUCGCAGGUCAUCAUGCAGGAGGCCGAGGCCCGCGGGCUGCGGGUGCCGGGCGAGCGGGUGGGCCUGGUGCAGUCGGACGGGGAGAUCUCGCAGAUCAUCGUCACGGAGGAGCUGGUCCAAGCCAUGGUCCAGGAGUCCGGCGGCGGCGGCUUCCCCGAGGGCGCGACGCACUACAUCGUGACGGAGCUGCCCCCGGGGGCGCAGGACGAGGCGGCCGUGCUCUCGCACGCGGUGAUCGAGGCGGCGGACUCGCGCGAGCUGCUGCAGGCGGGGGCGGCGCUGGGCGCCGAGGCCGGGGCGCUGCACGGCGCGGAGCAGCUGACCAGCAUGGUCAUCUACACCCAGGAGGGCUCCCCGGCUGCCGCCGGCGUCCAGAGCCAAAGGGAAGGCCCCGAGCUGCAGGAGGUGUAGGCGCGGCCCCGCGCUCUCGCUGGCCGCGGGGCGCCGACUUCCCGAGGUUCAUUUGUGACCUUCAAAACGACGACAACGCGACUUCGGA